AUGCUGUUAGGGUUCAUAUCGUUGCUACUAUCAGUAAGCCAGUCUAAAUUAGCAAAGAUUUGCAUAUCAAAGAGCUUAAGUGAAAAGUUUCUUCCAUGUAAGAAACCAACGGAAGAUAAAUCCCCCAAAGACUCUUCCCAUUUCCAAUUCAGCUUCACCGGACGUCAUCUCCUCGCCGGAGAUUCCCCCGCCGGCGACUACUGCUCCCUAAAGGGAAAGGUUCCGAUAAUGUCAGUAUCAGCUUUGCACGAGCUUCAUAUAUUCAUCUUCGUAUUAGCUGUUGCUCACAUUAUUUUCUGCCUCUUGACCAUUCUUUUUGGAACCGUGAAGAUAAUGCAAUGGAAAAAAUGGGAAGAUCAAGUUUUAGAAAAAGAUUACGACACAGACCUAGUGAUUCAGAAGAAAUAUACAUCAGUUCAAGAACACGACUUCAUCAGAGGAAGAUUUCUUGGGGUUGGAAAAGCAGAUGCUUGCUUUGGUUGGAUGCAUUCGUUUAUGAAACAGUUUUUUGCUUCAGUUAAUCAAUCGGAUUACAUCACAAUGAGGCUAGGCUUCAUCACGACUCAUUGCAAGACCAACCCGAAAUUCAAUUUCCAUAGAUAUUUAAUGCGUGCUCUCAAUUCCGAUUUCAAGAAAGUUGUCGGUAUCAGUUGGUAUCUUUGGGUAUUUGUGGUUUUCUUCUUGCUUCUAAACAUUACUGCUUGGAAUGUUUACUUUUGGCUAGCUUUUAUUCCUCUGAUCCUUUUGCUUGCCGUGGGGACAAAGUUAGAGCAUAUCAUCACAGAUUUGGCUCAUGAAGUUGCAGAGAAACAUAUCGCUGUAGAGGGAGAUUUGGUAGUCCGACCAUCGGAUGAUCUAUUCUGGUUCAAAAGUCCUCGGCUAGUUCUCUUCUUGAUCCAUUUCAUUCUUUUCCAAAACUCAUUCGAAUUGGCCUACAUAUUCUUUAUCUUUGCUCAAUAUGGUUUUAAUUCUUGCAUCAUGGGACAAGUCAAGUUCAUAAUCCCAAGACUCAUCAUCGGGGUAACGAUUCAGCUUCUCUGUAGUUACAGUACCUUACCACUUUAUGCCCUCGUCACUCAGAUGGGAAGUUCAUUCAAAGGUGCAAUAUUCAACGAGCAGACGCAGCAACAGAUUGUUGGAUGGGCAAAGAUGGCUAAAAAGGGAGUGAAGAAAGGUUCAACUCAUGGAAGUACCAGUCAUGGUGAUGCGGACACGGAACUGACUGGUCGAACCAAUACCUGA